ACCGCCGCCGCUUCCCCCGGGCCGGGGCCUCGGCCCCGGGGCUCCCGGUGCUGCGGAGCGGGUGGGGAACGGACCCGUUGUCCCGUCGGGCUCCGGUUGUGGCUAUCGCGUCUUGAACGAGGCCCCGAGCGCUGCGCCGGGAGGGCCCGGCCGGGCCCGGGCAGGCCGGGAAGAUGGCGGCGGGCGGCGGAGGCGGCGGGCGGGCCUCGUCGUCUUCCUCCUCCUCCUCCUCCUCCUCGUCGGCCGCCGCCGCCGCCUCCUCCUCGUCCUCCUCGGCCGGGCUGGAGGCGUCGCUGGAUCGGAAGCUGCAGGCGGUCACCAACACCAUGGAGUCCAUCCAGGGCCUGUCCUCAUGGUGCCUGGAGAACAAGCGGCACCACAGCACUAUCGUCUGCCACUGGAUGAAGUGGCUCCGGCGCUCCGCCUUUCCCCAUCGCUUGAACCUCUUCUACCUGGCCAAUGAUGUGAUCCAGAACUGCAAGAGGAAGAACGCCAUCGUCUUCCGUGAUGCCUUCGCUGAGGUCCUGCCCGAAGCCGCUUCCUUGGUCAAGGAUCCAUCCGUAUCCAAAUCCAUCGAAAGGAUCUUCAAGAUCUGGGAGGACCGGAAUGUGUAUCCGGAGGAAACCAUCCUGGCUCUGAAGGAAGCCCUGAGUACCACUUUCAAAACUCAGAAGCAGCUGAAGGAAACCCUCAGCAAGCAACAGAAUAAAGCAUGGAAGAAAGCUCCAGCAUCCACCAAUCCCAAAGCUGCUUUGAAGUCCAAGAUUGUGGCCGAGUUCCGGCCUCAGGCUCUCAUCGAGGAGCUGCUCUCAUACAAGCGCUCCGAGGAGCAGAUGGAGCUCAAGGAGAAGCAGCUUUCCACACUGCGGGUGGAUGUCUGCAGCACCGACACCCUCAAGUGUCUCAAAGAUAAAACGGGAGGGAAGAAGUUUUCCAAGGAAUUUGAAGAAGCCAGUUCCAAGCUGGAGGAAUUCGUCAACGGGUUGGACAAGCAGGUGAAGAACGGACCCUCCCUCACAGAAGCCUUGGAAAACGCCGGGAUCUUCUAUGAGGCUCAGUACAAGGAAGUCAAGGUGGUGGCCAAUGCUUACAAGACCUUUGCCAACCGAGUGAGCAACCUCAAGAAGAAGCUCGACCAACUGAAAGCAACACUUCCUGAUCCCGAGGAGUCUCCGGUCCCUUCCCCGAGCAUGGAUGCGCCGUCUCCGACGGGCUCCGAGUCUCCAUUCCAAGGGAUGGGAGAGGAGGAGAGCACCCGUUCACCGGGGGGGGGAGGCCGGAAGCCGGUGUCUCCGGAGCCCAUCACGGAUAACCGGGAUGUGGAGGACAUGGAGCUGUCUGACGUGGAGGACGACGCAUCCAAGAUCAUCGUGGAAGAGAGGAAGGAGAAGCCGACGGCUCCAGCACCCCCCAAGCCUGAAAGCAUCCCCAAAGCAGUGCCCAGCACCACGGCAGCAGCCCCAGUACCGGUACCGGCACCAACCCAGGCCCCCCCGACCCCCCCGGCCCCCAAGGCAGCACCAGCCCCUCCGGCCCCUGCUCUCGCCUUGCCCAACCUGGCCAACGUGGACCUGGCCAAGAUCAGCUCCAUCCUCAGCAGCUUGACGUCGGUGAUGAAGAACACAGGUGUGAGUCCGGCUUCCAGGCCCUCUCCGGGCACCCCGACGAGCCCCACAGCUCUCAGCAGUGGCCUGAAGCCUCCUGCCCUGGCUCCCCCCUCUGCUGCUCCCAAUCCCUUGGCCAACAUCCUCUCCAAGGUGGAAAUUACUCCGGAGAGUAUCCUGUCUGCUCUGUCCAAAACGCAGCCCCAGACUGCGCCGGCCCUGCAAGGUUUAUCCUCCCUGCUCCAGAGCGUGGCCGGAAGCUCAGCUCAAGCCAGCGAAGCCUCAACCCAGAGCACCACAGCCUCUCCCGCCGGCUCCGCCAUUCCCUGUGGGAAGAGCAGGAAUGUUCCCCCUCCCAGCGCUCAGUCCUUCCUAUCCAAGGGCUUCGGGUACUCCCCCAACUCCUCCACUGCUGAGGUCUCCUCUGGCCCCGUGAACAAAGCCCCCAUUGGACCCCCCCCGGGCUCUGCUUUCAAGCCUCCAACCAAUUCCAUGGCCUUUCCCAGCUCCCACCCCCCGAGCCCCUCAUCCCUGUUGCCAGCAGAGCCCUCCCUGGCUCCGGGCUCUGAGCUUCCCAAGGCCAAGCUGGAAGCGGAGCCACCUUCUCCCAGCCUGGAGAUGAAGAUCCACAACUUCCUGAAGGGAAAUCCUGGUUUCAGCGGCCUCAACCUCAACAUCCCCAUCCUCAGCAGCCUGGGGGCUGGCACAGCCCCGGAGAGCCAUGGGGCCGACUUCCAAAGGGCUCCCACCAGCGUUCCCAUGGAGAACGUGGAUGGGACACCAGUGCGGGAUGAGCGGAGCGGGACCCCCACCCAGGAUGAGAUGAUGGAUAAAGCCACUUCCAGCAGUGUGGAUACCAUCUCCCUGCUGUCCAAGAUCAUGAGCCCAGGUUCUUCCACCCCCAGCAGCACCCGCUCCCCACUGCAGAGCCGGGAUGAGGGCUAUUCCCAAGAGCUUUCCUAUCGGCCCUUCGGGAUGGGCCGGGAAUCCCCGGCCGGGCUCUACAAGCAGCCCGCGGACAGCCUGGAGCUGCCUUCCUCCUUGCUGGAUUCCUCCCAGGACAAGUUCUAUCCGGACGCGGCAUUCCAAGAGGAUGAGGAUUACCGCGACUUCGAGUACUCGGGGCCGCCGCCGUCGGCCAUGCUCAACCUGGACAAGAAACCCACCAAAUCCAUCCUGAAAUCCAGGAAGCUUUCCGAAGGGGCGGAAUUCCAACCGCUCCUGCCCUCCUAUGCCCAGAGGGAGUUUGGGAGCAAGGCCCCAUUCCCUCCAUCCAUGAGAUCCAUCCUGGAGCAGAGCGAGGCCUGCGACGCCCUGGCCGCAUCCCCAGGGCUCUAUGGGAGCUACGGCCUCCGGGGCAGUGAUUCCACCUUGGAUGGAUCCCAUUCCCCCGGGAAGAGCGACGGCUUCUUCAGCACCGACUCCAACCACAACACCCUGCCCAAGGCUGUGGCACAUCCCGGCCUGGCUCCCAAGCAAUUCCCGGACUCUCCGCACUCCCUUCCCCUGCGUUCCCUGUUCUCAUCCCAAAGCAACGUGGAGAAACCUUUGGCUUCGUCCAUCUCCACCACGUCCACCAUGGAAUUCAAGACCAUGCUCAAGAACGCGUCCCGCAAACCCUCGGAAGAGAAGCAUUUUGCUCCCAAAUCCGGCACCGAGGGCGGUGAUCCCAAAGGAAAAGCACCGGAGGAGCAUUUCCGCAUCGAGACUCGCGUCUCCUCCUCCUGCUUGGACUUACCCGGGAGCCCCGAGGAGAAGGGAGCUCCCAUUGAAACCUUGGGAUACCACAAUGCUUCCAACCGCGGAAUGCCGGGAGAGCCCAUCCAGACGGUGGAGUCCAUCCGGGGCUUGGGCAAAGGGAGCCGAGGGCAGGGCCGGGAUGGGAGCAGGGCCUGGUUCGAGCUGAGCCCCAGUGGUGCCGGUGCCUUCGCCAACGGCCCCGCGGAGCUGCCGGGGCUGGCGCCAUUCCCGACGUCCUACAAGGAGCGCCCGUUCCCGGAUGGAGUCAACAACUUCCGGAGCAACAGCUUCAGCCCUGCCUUCGAGCAUCACUUGCCCCCCCGGCCCCCCCCCCCUCCACCACCUCCCAGUAUGGAUCACGGGACUCCAUUCCCAAGGGAGCCGGGGCCCCCCCCCAAGGACCACGGCGCCUUAUUCCCAAGGGAUCCCAACAACCCCUUCUCCAAGGAGGAGCAUCCCGGGGUCCCCUUCCCCUCCGCCCCCCCCGAGCAUCCCAGUCUCCCGUUCCCAUCCCAAGCUCCGGCCGCUGGGGAGCACGGAGCCGUCCCCUUCCCUGCGCCCCCCCCGCCGCCCCCCCCAGCCCUGGAACACGGCUCCCUGCACCAAGGGACACUCAAGGAGCAUUUCCCAUCCCGGGAGCCGCAGCCCCAAGGCCGGGAUAUGGCUCCGGCUCCGUUAUCCCGAUCCCGGGAAGCUGUGGCCAUGACGCCGCUUUCCAGGGAUCCCUUGCUUGGGGGGGGGCGGUGGGGGGGGGGGCAGCAGCAGCAGCCCCAACCCCGAGGUCUUUGGGGCCCCCCCCCCCCAAGCACUGGGGGCAGGGGGGGGGUGCUGCUCAGGACCCCCCGCCCCGACUUCAGGCCCAGGGAGCCCUUUGGGAGCAGGGACCCCUUCCAUAGCCUCAAACGGCCACGACCCCCGUUUGGCAGGGGGGGGGCCCCGUUCUUCACCCCCAAACGCCCCUUUUUCCCCCCCCGGUACUGAAGCAGCCGCCCCCCAAGCACAGGCUGUUCCCCCACCCCCCUCCCCGCGCUAUCCAGAGCAGCGCUUCCCAUUUGGGAUUUUUCCCCCUUGUUUUCCAGUUUUCCCCCUUUUUUUGUU